UCGUCAACCUUGCUCAUCUCCUUCCCUCCGCGUCAUACUAACCAUCUACUCACCCUUCAAUGCGGCCCACACCUCGACGUCGUGACUCCUCAAGCUCAAGACGUUAUCCCUCCCCGUCAACCCUCGUCCCAAAGCCACUGCGGCUAAGCCCGAUCAUCACUUCUGCCGCAUGUAGGCCAUGCAUUUUGGCCCCGUCUAUAUAUCUCAUCCCAACCUAAUCAUGCCUCGAGCCAUCAAAAGGUCCUCUCUCCUCGUGCAAUCACACUCGUGUCUAAUCCUAGCAACGACGGCAGCCUGUGAAUGCUUCGGCUCAUCCUAGCAACGCCUUGCAUAUCCACUACCCACCCUCUUAAUUGGUUUGCUCUUACAUCCUGACACUGCUUUACUGGACCAGACCAAAAGGACACACUCUCCAUAUCUAUAUGUUUUGAGUUUUCUCCAGCACGACCUCAUUUCAGAGCACAGGUUCUUCAUUCCGGACAAUGACUCAGAAAGACAUAUAAUUUCCCCAUCCCAGUCCUUUCUUGUACUCAUCACAUUUCCUUGUUUCAUCAUCUUCAUCUUCCAACCCGAACUACAAGACACUCCCUUUCACUUUCCUUCUGGGUAUGGAACAUAGAGAUCCUAAUACUACAUCUCCAUCAUACACCAGCCAUAAUUCAUAUCGAGGCUCUGAUCACGGAGCCACCUCCGGGACCCCAGACCAAGACCAAGACCCAAGAUCCUAUCGAGGGAAGGAACCACGACGUCCACGACGACGACGUACUCUUCUCACCAGCGGAUCCGGACCCUGGACCUAUCGCUCCAGCGACGAGGAAGAAGACGACGACCAGAAUCCGAACUUUGACCAGGACCUGGACUUUGCCCAACAUUCUGAAAACGAACCUUCAAACGCCCAAUAUCAGUGGAAUCCAUCUCAGUCUCCAAACCUAUCCUCACGCCACUCGACUUCCCCAAGAGACCUAUCUCACGACACCAGUCGGUCCAAGGGCAAAGCACGUGCCUCCGGUCGUACAGGCAGCAGCUCAAACACACGCUUCGCCGACAUGGGUUCUACACAGCCCGAUCGUCGACAGGACAACAUGUCCUCGUACCAGACGAGAAGACAAGACCAGACCUCAUCUACAUCAAGGGUGGGCAGCAGUGGUUCUGCAAGUCCAAGCGAGCCGCCACAGGACUCACGCAGCGAUCGCAAGAAGGAUCGGUCCGACAAAUCUGCCGGCCGCUCCAGAUUGGUCGCGGGUGUCUUUGUGAGGUAUUGAUGAGUUGAAUUGAUGACUACCAUAUCUCAAACGACUCAAAGCAUCCAUGACCACCUUCCAUCACCUUUCUUCUUCCCCGCCAAGAGGACCUCGAACCACUUCAGGACUCAAAACAGACCAAAAGCUACGACGUGAUGAUAAUUGAUGACGAGCAAACCAUCACCACCACAACACAGACAACUUAUUGCAACAUUAAAGCCCCCCUCUCGACUAUACAAUGUGGAUAGCGUCCAUCAUGAACGCAGUUCCUACCCCUCGCCACUUCGCCACUUCUACCACUGUACCACCAACCAGACGUGUUCUUUUUCUUCUAUUCCAGUCUAUUCUUUUCUUGGGCUGUUGGGUCUACAAAGCAUCUCCUGUAUAAUUCCAACUCCAUGUAUUUUUAGCCUCCGUCCACAACACUUGCAGCCCACUGGACCGUCAGAAAUCAGGUUCUGACAGGCUUUGGGCACCCCAAGGUUGGGAGGAUGUUGUAGGGAAUAUCAUAUUCGGGCCCCAUGGCUCUUACUUUAAACCUUUUUAGGGGGCUGUGAUGGAUCUCAGGAAUCAAUAAAUACCUCCUCCUCC